AUGGCCGAGUACAACCGACAACUCGAUUACUAUACUCAGCAAGAAGCCCUGGAAGACGAUUCCAGGGACGAUCUAGCACAACAAGACGGCCUCGUAAAGCAGCCUUCUCUCCCUACGAGGCCUAAGCCAGUUACGGCCAACCAAGCGCGUCUUCUUAAGGAAUAUACCUCUUUCGUCCAGCAAACGGCAUCCAAGACGAUCUCUCGGUCACGAAAAGAGAAAUCGUACGAGUCAAUAGACCGCUGGAUUACCAACUCCGUCGUCCAGGACAUCCUGGAGAACGCGAAAGAAGAACUUAUCGAUUCGCCCGACUACUCACUUCGUACGAUAAUCAGAGUUCUCAAGCAAAAAUACGCCCCGAGCGACUCAAGUUCGCUUACAAUCGCCCGAGAGGAAUUCAAUGCGGUCAUGAGCAGAGCAAACUCCAACGUUAAUCCCACCACUUAG